UUUUCCUUGACAGGCUCUAUAGAGAAUAGGACUGAAAAAUUUUGGCAUCUUGUAGUUUGUUACUCUUCCUUACAAAAGGCAAUAUAAAUUUCUCUUCACGGGCAAUCUCAGAUUCAGCUUCUGUCACAUCAGGAUGGAUCACCAUGAAUGGCAACAGGGAAGAAGUAGGGGUCAUAGGCACUAUGAUGAUGAUGAUGAGGCCCAGCCAUUCUACAUCGGUGUUCCAGUUUCCCACCGGCGGAAAAGACGCAGACAUCACUCCUAUGCCAGCGAUGCCAACCGUGAUUCACGACAUACACACUAUGAUCACCAUAACCAGCGAGAACACUCACAUCGCGGAUAUUAUAACAAAGACGAGCACUAUAAUAAUGAAGAGGAUGGCGAAGAGUGUCGUGAGCGUGCCGAUCCUACAGUGUCCCCUGCUGCUGAAAGGCUGCGCCACAUACUGGGAGAGGAUGAUAGCACUCCAACACCAACAAUAUUCACUGAGAUGGAUACAUUACAGCAGGAGGGUGGUGAAUUAGAGUGGAAAGAGUCUGCAAGAUGGGUGAAGUUUGAGGAGAAGGUGGAGGAGGGAGGAGAAAGAUGGAGCAAGCCUCAUGUUUCCACACUCACCCUCCAUAGUCUGUUUGAGCUGAGAACCUGCCUGCAGACAGGAAGUAUUCUGCUCGACCUAGAAGGCUACUCACUGCCACAGAUCGUGGAGGAGAUUGUGGAACAACAGAUAACUGAUGGUCUCAUUCCUCCUGAUCUUAAGGAGAAGAUUAUAUUUGUGUUGCUCAGGAAGCAUCGUCAUCAGACCAAGAAGCCAAUCCACCGCUCUCUGGCAGACAUGGGAAAAUCAUCCAAUACUGCGUCUAGCCGUAGUCCUCAGGUUAAUCUGAGUCGUAGCACUAGUUCAGCUUCUGGGAUCCACCACUCCACAGAAGACCUACGUUCUCGGCAGUCAAGCAGCCUUGGCCGCCUGCAUCAUGCUCAGAGUAGAAGCAUGAAUGAUAUUUCAGACACACCAAGCACUGAUCAGCUUAAGAAUAAGUUCAUGAAGAAGAUACCUCGUGAUGCUGAAGCAUCCAAUGUCCUGAUUGGUGAAGUUGAUUUUCUGGAUAAACCCUUUGUCUCCUUUGUACGCUUGGCUCAAGCUACAACUCUGGGGGGGCUUACUGAAGUUCCUGUACCAACCAGAUUUCUCUUCAUUCUUCUGGGUCCUCAUGGCAAAACCAAAUCCUACAACGAGAUUGGCAGAGCUAUUGCUACACUCAUGGUGGAUGAUUUGUUUAGCGAUGUUGCCUAUAAGGCAAGGGACCGUGAAGACUUGAUUGCAGGUGUUGAUGAGUUUCUGGAUGAAGUGAUUGUCCUUCCUCCAGGAGAAUGGGACCCCAAGAUCCGUAUUGAACCACCCAAAAAGGUUCCAUCUGCAGAAACGAGAAAGUCAGUGCUGAACUUGAAUGAGCUGGGUCAGGUGAAUGGUUUAGCUGGCGGAGCAGCUGGAGGUGAAGAUGAGGAGCUUCCAGCCCCACAUGAGUUGGGAGAGGAGCUGAAAUUCACUGGGAGGAUUGGUGGUGGAUUAUGGCUGGAUAUCAAAAGGAAGAUCCCAUGGUAUUGCAGUGAUAUUUAUGAUGGUUUCCAUAUCCAGUCCAUCUCUGCUGUGCUAUUCAUCUACCUAGGCUGCAUUACCAAUGCUAUCACCUUUGGAGGACUACUAGGGGAUGCUACUGACAAUUACCAGGGAGUGAUGGAGAGUUUUCUUGGCACUGCUUUAGCAGGAAGUGUCUUUUGCUUGUUUGGAGGACAGCCUCUCAUCAUUUUGAGUUCAACUGGGCCCAUUCUCAUCUUUGAAAAACUGCUUUAUGAGUUCAGCAAAAACAAUGAUGUGGACUAUAUGGAGCUUCGUCUGUGGAUUGGCCUUCACUCGUGUCUGCAGUGUUUUUUACUGGUUUUUUCAGAUGCUAGCUACAUCAUCAAAUAUAUGACCCGAUUCACAGAGGAGGGUUUCUCCAGCCUCAUUUCUUUUAUAUUCAUUUCUGAUGCAAUCAAGAAGAUGGUCGGAGCCUUUAAAUAUUACCCAAUCAACCGUGGCUUCAAACCUGAUUACAUUGCAGCUUAUAAGUGUGAAUGCAUCGCUCCAGACCAGGCACCUGCACUGGGCUUGAAUGCUUCAGCUCCACUUGCAGAUGAUAAUAUGACUCUGCUGUUUAACUUAACAGAUCUGGACUGGAGUCAGCUGAGUAAGAAAGAAUGUGUCAAGUAUGGUGGUAUGCUGGUGGGGAACUCCUGUAAGUAUGUUCCUGACCUGGCCCUCAUGUCCUUCAUCCUCUUCUUUGGCACCUACUCCAUGACAGUGUCUCUUAAGAAGUUCAAGUUUAGCCGCUACUUCCCAACAAAGCUGAGGAAGCUAAUCAGUGACUUUGCCAUCUUCAUGUCAAUCAUGUCCUUUGUGGGUCUCGAUAUGCUGAUGGGGUUAGACACACCCAAACUUAUCGUGCCAACAGAGUUCAAGCCUACACGUAGUGACCGCGGCUGGCUGGUGAUGCCCUUUGGUAAGAACCCCUGGUGGUGGUGUGUGGCCAGUUUCGUUCCUGCUCUUCUGGUCACCAUCCUCAUCUUCAUGGACCAGCAGAUUAGUGCUGUCAUUGUCAACCGCAAGGAAAACAAAUUAAAGAAAAGCUGUGGCUACCACUUGGACCUGUUCUGGGUAGGUGUGCUGAUGGCUGUGUGUUCUUUCAUGGGCAUGCCAUGGUAUGUAGCAGCCACUGUCAUCUCCAUUGCUCAUAUCGACUCACUGAAGAUGGAGAGUGAAUCUAGUGCCCCUGGAGAGCAACCACAGUUCCUUGGAGUCAGAGAGCAGAGGUUGACAGGCAUUUUGGUGUUUGUCCUAACAGGACUCUCAGUCUUUCUUGCCCCUAUACUUCAGUACAUCCCCAUGCCUGUCCUUUAUGGAGUCUUCCUCUACAUGGGAGUGGCUUCACUGAGUGGCAUCCAGUUCUGGGAGCGCAUCAAGCUGUAUCUAAUGCCGCCCAAACACCAGCCAGACUUCUCCUUCCUGCGUCAUGUCCCUAUGAGACGCGUCCACCUUUUCACCCUAGUCCAGAUUGUGUGUCUGGCUGUUCUCUGGAUCCUUAAGUCUACAUUUCUGGCCAUCAUCUUCCCAGUAAUGAUUCUCGGUCUCAUGGUUGUACGGAAGCUGCUGGAUUUGAUGUUCUCGCAACAUGAUUUGGCCUGGCUGGAUGAUAUCCUGCCAGACAAAGACAAGAAGAAGAAGGAAGAUGAGAAGAAGAAGAAGAAAGACAAGAAAGCACCAGAGCCUGAGAGUGAUGAGGAGUGUUGCUGAAAGGCACUUCAUUCCCUCUUACUACAGUCUUCCUGUCUGUCCAUCAUCUUUUCAGUACAUCUUUCACCUCUCCCACUUUGUUCCAACCUUUAGAAACAGCGUGUGUGCUUAUGUGUACCCUUUGUAUUUAUGCUUCAUCCAAGUCUUUGUCCAUACUAAAAGGGUUGCUUGACAGCUGUGUAGAAGCACAAGUGAUGCCCACUGAUGGCUUUAAAGGAUAAGCUUGGUGUUAUUGAUCAAAUUUUUAUUAGUAAUUAUAGCUUGGUCACUAUCAGCAGUAUUAACUUUGCCCAGUUCACUGAAACACUGACAUUCUUGUCUCAUAAGCCUCUGCUAUUCACGCGUGGGGGAGAUGUUUUCCUGAAUUGUGCAACACAGUUAAUAAACUACACUCUUCAGUUCAGUCAGAAACCCAGCACAGACCAAAGUGAUCAUCCAUGAAAAUAGACAUGAAAGGAAGUGGAGGAGCAGGAGUGGAUGUGGGUUGCAAAGCAGCUUGUUGCGGCUGAAGGAACUGAAAUGGCCCCAUCUGAGAUUUGAAAAUCUGUGGAAGGGUAUAUGCUCAACCAUCAGCUGAUGUGGGCUGGAGUUGAGAUCCAAUUAUGGCCGAGUUAGAAUACAAAUAGAAUAGAAAUAUCCUUUAUUGUCGCUCAUUGGGGAAAUUCAGGUGUUCAGCAGCAAAGUAACAGGCAGAUGGAGCAUGCAGAUUCAAAAAGAAUUUACAACAUGAAAACAUGAAUUUAAAAAAUGUAAUCUCUAGCGAUGAGAGCCGUUCCUUCUUCUGAAUGUUGGAACACUGUGCCUCUGUAAGUUCACCAUAUAUAUAUGCAUAUAUAUACAUAUACAUAUAUAUUUCUCAUCAGUGUGUCCUGGUUUUCCAACACCUAACACCUUGGCGCCUCUGCUGGAAUCUCCAACAAUUAACUUAUGGAAUCCAACCUUUCGAACUACUCAUCUUGCAGAGUGCUGGAGACUGACCCAGAUUGCCUCCAGGCAUCCCAAUUAAGUGCCCACUCCCCACCUCUCUCUCUCUCCCACUCUCUCUCUCUUAAUAUCUAGUCAACUAAGUGCAUGUUUACAUGAGAUUCACUGAUCUUCAACCCCACCUUAUUCCCUCUUUCUAUUUCUCUCUUUUAACAUGGAAAAUUUCAUUACAUUUGAACAUUCAGUCACAUGUGAAUAGGCUUCAGUUAAGAUUUCAUUAGCACAUUCACUUUAGCAUAGUCCCUUUUAAUUCAAAUAUGUUUCUCUUUAAAACUCUGUGUUUGUCAGUCACAGUUUACUCUAUAGAAUAAAUACAAUCCCCUUUCUCACUAAAUAGAACACUUUAUAAGUCAGGCAUUAAGAGUGUUGUGUCUUGUGUGUGCUCUCAUUUACUCACACACGGACUCACUCUCAUAUUUCUCAAGGCCAUUUCUAUACAGGCUUUCAGCUAAGCCCCAAGUUGCGCCUGUCUCUAAACUCAUUAUUUUCCUUUUUUUUUUUUUUUUUAACUUUCUAUUCCUAUUAAUCAUCUUUAGGCAAACUCAAUUGUCUUUAUAUUUACUGAUUGUGUUCUGAUCAUUAUUGUGCAUAAUUAACUAUCAGCAAAUUCACAUACGAAUCAUAAUUCUGUGUUUACCCCUCACAACAUUUAAAACUAUGUUCUUGAUGAAAAAUAUAAUGAUGGGUUGAUGACAUAGUGGUUAUCUUCUCAAACUCAAACUUGAAUAAAAAAGUUGAUAAUGGAUCAUGUCUACACACACAAAAUCUAGACACCAGAUUCAGUUCAGUAAUUAGACCUCUCUCUACUAAGAUACUGAUCACACUUAUUGCU